AUGGUCGCGGAUCGGUGCCCUGUCGGGGCGUCGCUAAUGCGCAAGCUCGGUUGGUCAGAGGGCAAGGGUCUCGGUGCUCUCGAACAGGGCCGCCAGAAACCUUUAUUGGCACAGCCGAAGUUCGAUACCUGUGGCAUUGGCGCCAAGGCCUCGGACGCAGCACCCGCAGACCUGAGCAUCGUUUUGUCCCAGCUGCCAACCUGGGUAGAACCGCUCCAGACAGAGGUUAUGGACGACACGAGUAAGCUCUCGCUCGAUGACGUUUUUCGCAAGCUCCACGAGAGACGUCACAGAAUGAAGAAAACGAAACGGGACAGACGGAAACGGGAUAAGCUGGGAACGCACCAAGCAGCGACACCUGCCAAGCGACCAAAGAGCGAACGAUAG